ACUCACAGCCAGAGGAGCGGCUAAAGAGAGUAGCACGGAGAUUAACCGCUCUGAGCCGUGACAUCUGAGCUUCUUGAGUCUUUUUUAGAGAUUAUUAUCCGCUGUAACUGGCGAAAUAACAUGACAGAGCAGUCUUCGCUUCUUCUUAGAAAACAACUCGCGGAGCUCAACAAAAACCCAGUUGAGGGCUUUUCUGCUGGUCUGAUUGAUGAUGACGACAUCUAUCAGUGGGAAGUCGUUGUUAUAGGGCCAGCUGACACACUUUUUGAGGGUGGAUUUUUCAAAGCAAACCUCACCUUUCCUCAUGACUACCCUCUUCGACCCCCGAAGAUGAAGUUUAUUACUGAAAUUUGGCACCCCAAUGUUGCAAAGAAUGGAGAUGUGUGCAUCUCCAUCUUACACGAACCAGGAGAGGACAGGUUUGGUUACGAGAAACCUGAAGAGCGCUGGCUGCCGAUCCACACUGUUGAGACAAUCAUGAUCAGCGUCAUUUCCAUGCUGGCUGACCCAAACAGCGAUUCACCGGCCAACGUGGAUGCAGCUAAAGAGUGGAGAGAGGAUCCCAAUGGUGAAUUCAAGAGGAAGGUCGCCCGCUGCGUGAGGAAAAGUCAGGAGAUGGCAUUUGAUUAAAGCCUCCCUUCACCGCAACACUCACUUAAGAGACGCCCGGGUUAAACUACAGGGGAUGUGCAUCUGCCACUACACAAUCAACUAUCGCACCAGUUUUCCGCUAAUAUGAAGAUGGAAGCAGAAACCCAGCCAUUUUUGAACAGGAUUUUCCUCUGAAUGUGUGAGAAUAGAGUUAUGAAAUUGUCUGUUUUCCCUCACCUUGUGUGUAUGUGUGAGAGAGAGAGAGAGAGAGCGAGAGAGAGACAGAUUGAUUUAUUUAUUGUCUGGAUUAUGUUGAAUUAUAAUGCAUGUCAUUUGGUUUGGACUUUUUUUAAACCUGCCUCUGAGCCAUCAACUUUGAACCGAGUCUCUUAUGCAAUUCUGGAGUUUUCUGUUCGUUUGUAGUGACAGAGGUUGACAGUAAAAUGCUGAUUUGUUUUUUUUUUUUCCUCCCCCCGAUCCACCCACUCACCCACCUUUCCCCCCCACUCAUCCACCUUUUCCCCCCACUCAUCCAGCAUAAUUAUAGAGAACCCUACUCCCUGGGAAAAACAUACCACAAAUGUCUCUCACCAAGGAGUCAAUGUGCUCUCUGCUGCCUUAAUUUGUUUUCCUAUAUGGAAGGAAAUUGAAUUCACUGAUGUCAGGAUGUUUAUUCUGGUUUUGAGCAAGAAUCCUCAUUUUUGGACAAACCAAAAAGUUAGAUAUUUGCAUGAGACAGAGAAUAUUUUUUUGUAUCAGAUGUAAGCUCAAAAACAGUAUUUUUUGUGUAUGUAAAUACGAUGUACCAUAGCCGUGUCAGUCGAACCCUGUGUUUCUGUGUCGGUUUGCUUUUGUGAAUUUCAUGUGGUUGAGCGUCAAGGCUAUUGGCAGUCCGGUCUACUCCUGGGCUAAAACACACUCCUCACUCAGGCUGGCCCUAGCCUUCUGUAGCUUACUUGUUUUUCGCCCCCUUAAAAGUUUGCUCUUCGUCCCCCCAGCUGUCUCGUUUUAUUGCCCAUUAAAACAGUGUUUGUGUGACGUAA